AUGGGAUAUUCUAGACAGAAUGAGAAAAUUAAUAGAAAAUGGGACUUACAAAAGGCCAAGAUGGAUGGAUUGGGUAAAACAUACUUUGGUGGCUUUCACUUACUAUGUUUACAGGUUGAGCGUUAUCCACCACUUGAGACUAGGAACCUUCUUCAUACGGACAAGGUUGUUAAAACCCAGUAUUUACCUCUAAUAAUUGCUCUUCUGAAGAAGUACCCUCAUUUGAGGUUCGAAGGAUGCUUUAACCCCGAAAACGAAUGGCAAAAGGGAUAUAACAAUUAUACUCCUGAUCACCCUGUUAUGCAAUUUGUAUCGUAUCAACUAAGUCUUAUGAAUAAGGGAAUGGACAAGGAAGAAGCGUUUUCAAGGACUGAGAAGGUGUUUUAUAAGAAUCGAAUGGAAUCUGAGAAGAAGCAAAAGGUGUCAAUGGCCUUGGACCUCGAUGAGGAGGCAUCUCCCUUAUAUACUACAGGAUCAGCAUACUUGGCCGAAAAAGAAGCCCAAGAUAAGGUCGAAUUUCUUACUGGAAUUAGGGACGAACUUAGGUUAUUUUCUCACCAAUUUAUACGAGUUUAG